GACAUGAGAACAGUUCUGCUAGACGUAAAGCUUCAUCGUGUGUUUGAAAACGUCCGGCAACAUGGGUCUAAAUACUAUCGGUACUUGGUAUUCCCUAUGAAUGGCAGCGGGAACAAACCGCUAAGAUUUACACCGUACCAUUGGACCAUUCUGUUAUUUGAUGUUAGGAAAAAGAACUGGAUGCACUACAAUUCCUUGAAGAAGAGAGACGGCAGUGAUCCAAUUCUGAAAGACGCUACCGUUGUGAAAAAAUACGUGGAGAAUUACAUGAAUGCCAGGCAUGCUGAGCUGAAUAACCAAAGUACUGAUACAGAAGUUCUAUUUGAAGACCAGAAGUUCGAUGCUCCAAUAUGCUCACCUAAAAAUGCUCCACAACAACUAAAUGCAUCGGUUGAUUGUGGGGUUAUCGUAUGCAUGCUCAUGGAACUAGUGGCGCACCUUGAGCCAAUCCCAAAAACAUUGCCGAAGUCUGAAAUUGAUCAAUUCAAAGCUAGUUUAGUCUCUCGAUUUUUGAACGAUGAAGGAAGAAGCUGGACAAUAAAGAAAUGGGAAGCCAGACGGAUGGGGAAGGGAUCGCAAUGA